UCCCUCGGUCGCGGUCGGACACAAUCCUCAUUCAUUCAAUUAGCGAAUCACUAGUAGUAUCUUUCUAAAUCCUGCACAUUUUCACAACGCCAUGACGCAUGAUCUCCUCCUUCCCCUCUUCUUUGGCGUCUCCAAGGGAGGGGUUCCCGGAAUUCCAUCGAGCAGCCACAUGGGACAAUCUAGAUUUCUAUCUAACCUAUGGAAUGUGGAUGGUUGACGUGACAGGGGAAUGCGCCCAUGCCUUUACCAUUUACUCUCUGGGCAAGUCUUUCAUCGCGUGUCUGAAUUGCCUCCAAUGCUAUCCCUUGCGCGUAUGUUUGGUUGAGUCUGUUGUUCUCCUGCAAGGGACCGUUCGGUGCAGACGUUGCACGACACUGCAUCUGAUUGCAGGACCUCCCAUCGGUGACACUCAUGGCCCAAGCAACGUCCGAGGGUACUUCGUAGCUAGUCUAUCUAGGUAUGAUCACAACAGAUCGCCAGCGUCCGGAUACCGCAAAUCAGCAUGCUCCUCCAGGAAUCCCAUCCAUCGCUUCAGGAACCCACUGCCCCUGUGGAGAACAGUCAACGUCAACGAUUUGCCUACAAAGUAAAUGCUGACUACGAGAGGGGCACUCACUUGCUAAUCGUCUCCGAGUCAC